AUGAUCUCUACUCUCGGCUGGAUACUUGCCAGCGCUGUCGUGGCCGUACUGGGCAACAUACUUAUCCAACUCCUUCACCAAGAAAAGUCCGAACCUCCUCGCGCCAUUCACUGGAUCCCGCUGGUUGGAAAUGCAAUUCAGUACGGCACCAAUCCAACCAAGUUCUUUGCGGAGUGUCGCGCCAAGUAUGGCGAUAUCUUUACUUUCACUCUAUUUGGAAAGCAGAUCACCUGCUUCCUAUCAGUCGAUGGCAACGACUUCGUUCUCAAUGGAAAACACGCCGACCUCAACGCCGAAGACAUAUACAAGCCGCUGACGAAGCCGGUGUUUGGUUCUGACGUCGUAUACGACUGUCCCAACGCUAAAUUUAUGGAGCAAAAGAGAUUUAUCAAAUUUGGGCUCACUCGUAAGGCGUUUGAGUCCUAUGUGCCCAUGAUUGAGGCAGAGGUCCUUGGCUACCUGGCGGCGGAACCGAGCUUGCUGGGUGAUACCGGAACCAUGGACGUCCCUCGAUGCAUGGCUGGCAUCACGAUACUCACGGCGGCCCGAACGCUUCAAGGAAAAGAAGUGCGGGGUAAGUUGUCUGCUGAGUUCGCAGAGCUGUACCACGACUUGGAUCUUGGUUUCCGGCCGGUGAACCUGCUGUUUCCCUGGGCACCUCUUCCGGAGAAUCGCAAACGUGACGCUGCGCAUGCCAAGAUGAGAGAAGUGUAUAGUGCAAUUAUCGAUGAGCGGCGUCGCUCGGAAAAGGAAUGCGACUCUGACAUGAUUUGGAACUUGAUGAAUUGCACAUACAAAGACGGCUCAGCCGUUCCAAACCACGAAAUCGCACACUUGAUGAUUACGCUGCUUAUGGCAGGGCAGCACACAUCGUCCUCAGCAAGCUCAUGGGUGGUUUUACAUCUCGCAUCGCGGCCUGAGGUCACAGAAGAGCUGUUUCAAGAACAGGUUCAGGUCCUGGGCCAGGGAAGCAACACUCCUUCUCUGCAGUACUCUGACCUCGAAAAGCUCCCGCUGCUCCAACAAGUCAUCAAAGAGACUUUGCGUGUGCACUCUUCUAUACACUCCGUCAUGCGCAAAGCCACUCGAGCCAUCCGCGUGCCUCAAACCGACUACAUCGUGCCGCCGGGCAGGAUUCUCCUGGCAUCACCCCAGGCAACGGCUCGCGACGAGCAGUACUUUAGCAACGCAGAUGAGUGGCAACCUCACCGCUGGUCCAGUGACCUCGAUGACAGCAUCUUUGACGCGGAGGAAACUGCUGGCAUCUCCCGUGGCGCAAAGAGCGCCUACCUCCCGUUUGGGGCGGGCAGACACCGGUGUAUCGGGGAACAGUUUGCUUACCUCAACCUUGGAGCUAUUACGGAUGUGCUCCUCACUCAUCGUGAGACAGAGAGCGGCACCUCCCCGAGCGACUUUGUCGCCUCGGAGGAGUUUUUAGCCAGUCAUGUCCUGCGCAUCCCCCCGCCCGGUGCAAAGGACUCUGGCCAAAACUUGCGAGAGGUCCGAGGCAAGGCGAAGCAGUUCUCAACUCUCAACGGGAGGAGCGUCCUUGUUAAGGAUGCCUCGGUAUACAGCAACAAAGGAUUCAGGACGCUGGCGCAAGCGCAAAUACAGAGCGACGCAACCUGGUACCCUGAUGUAUUCGAAGCGAGACAAUGGCUGCUAUACUACGUAACGAAACCCUUGGUUGGAACUUGGCGAGAGAUUGCGUGUCCUCCUGCAAUACUGCCUCCUUCCCCCCAGACGGCUGAGACGAAGCAGUCCGUGAAUGGUGAUUCCGCGGAAUACUCUACUCCUAGGAAAAAGGACAUCAAAACAUUCCACGACCUUCUGAACAACUUCCCUAUGAUUGCUCGACAAAUGCAGCCUGGGCUGGAGGAGAUAUUUACAGAGUUCACAGUAGUAUUUCAGAAACCAUUGCCUGCACCUCCGUCAGCGGCCGACAUUCCAGACCCUGCACCCGAUGGUCCCAUCGCCACCGCCAUGAAGCGAGCGAGAUCGAAUAGCUUCAACAUGCGCUCGCAGUACGAGUCCACUACCAAUCCGUUACCCGUAACUGAAGACUUCUAUGCUGAAGACGAGGAAGAUGUGAUGCGCGCUUCUCUGGAGACUGCCGUCACCACGGCUAUUGAUCUGUUCCAAGGCGUUGACAAGCAGCAGCUAUCCCUGCUUGGCGCAACUACAGACCUUACUGGCCCCCUUGUAGAAAAGCUGAUUGAACGAUACAUAACGGAAAAUGUGCACCACCUUCUUUUUCCUAGGCUCAUCUCCUUGAAACGCCCGGAGGAUUUGGAAUUGGAGGCAAAGAUCCGGCAGAUGGAGUACAUCGACAUUUCGCAGGUGGGAAUCGCCAUCGACGGCGGGCCGAAAGCAAAGCACGACUUGAUUAUCAGCCUCGGACCAGCCGUUGAGGAGUUUCGCAAAAUCUCGAGUUCUAUGAGUCCUCAAGAAAUGCUGGAGCUUCUACUCUCUACGAUGAAGAGCAUUUCCCAACUCACCGGGCGGGCCAAUGAUGAGGGACAAGAUCAACCCGGGGAGAAGGCCAUUAUGACAGUGAAUGCCGAUACUCUGCUUUCCCUGCUGCUUUAUGUCGUGAUUCGGUCGGGAGCGCGCAAUCUGCAAGCUCGCCUUGUUUACAUCCGCAAUUUCAUAUUUGUCGAAGAUGUGGACCAUGGCGAACUCGGAUACGCGCUCAACACAUUCGACGCAGCGUUGCACUAUCUAUCCACGGACUCAUCAGGUCUGCGCCGCGCAAGCAGAAAGAAUAGGGCGCUUUGGGAGGCCACCAAAAAUGGCUCCAUGUCGGACUUGAAAAAAAUCAUGGAGCCUAAUACAUCUGCAAUUGAAGAUGAUGAUGAAUGCGAGCUGCCAUCGCAGAAGUCGAGCCGGCGACAGUCAUUUAUUCGAAGUCACGCAAAUGGCUCUGCACGACACCCGUCAGCCAUCCUUGCGACUGCAGAUCGACUAUCUAGAGGCUCUGGCCUAAGUCAUGUUUUUCCCUUUCAGACCGAUGGUGAAUGCGACGGGGACGAUCGCCAUUCUGUGACGUUCAGAGUCACCAAAGUCAAAAAAGUAUCCAUGGAUACCCGCAGCUUUUCCAGCGACUCCGAGUUUUCUUUCCACUCUCGUUCGACUAGUGCUGGGACCAUUGGCAGUGCCCUGGAAGGAGAUAUUUCUGUUGAGCGAUUGGCGCAAACAAGCGACUCGUUUGGAGAAUCUGUUUUGAUGAUGGCUGUGCAGCAUGGCCAGCUUAACAUUCUCAAAUACCUCCUGUCACUAGGCGGCUACUAUCCCCUGGUAUCCGUCUUGGAGGACAUGAACAACGAGGACACGUCGCUCUUGAGCGCUGCGGUGCAGCAGGGCAAUGCUGAAAUUAUUGAUACCCUCUUAGAUCGCAUCAGCUCUGGCGUCUCCCAUGAGCAACUUGUUCAAUAUGUUCAACGGCAGGACAUUUGGGGACGCAGCAUCGGUCACUAUCUGUUCAAUUCGCCAGCCCUCAUUACCAGAAUCGGUUACCUUAUCCCAUGGAAGCAGCGCGAUAAAAAUGGACAGACACCCCUGUUUGCUCUUUGCCGAUCCUAUGAUCAUACUGACUACUACAAUAUGGUGGAGGCUGGUCUUGAGGCUGCCAAGGUAGCCCAACGAGAUGGGCAGCCCCUACAUGUGGAUGAGCAUGUGGAUGGAAAAGGAAAUACGCUGCUGCACAUUAUCAACGAUCCACGGCUUGCCUUGAGGAUAUUACGAUUCUGUGAUGUCGAUGUCAAUGCAACCAACGAAAAGCGUUUUACACCGCUCAUGCUCGCUAGCAAAUACGGACGUUACGAUAUGGUCAGAUCACUCUUUGCCGACCCGCGGGUAGAUCUAGGGGCUAGGGAAGCCAGGGGCCUGACAGCCGUAGAGCUAGCCAAGGAUGAAGACGUCAGAAAUAAGAUUGACGAUUUGGGGCUGUUCAGCAUGCCGCCCAGUCCGGACGGGCGUAUCACGGGCGUGGUGCGCGCAUUUUUCGUUGAGGACGGCACAGUUCGACUCGUACUCAAGUCAGCGGCCCCAACAGAUCAUGACAGUUACACUGUUACCACGAGUCGGCGCUCACUAUCCGAUUUUGAGCAACUGGGCCGUCUCUUAGCUGAGGAAAACCCGGCGUCUUGGGUUCCAACAGUGACAGACACACGAUCGCCGUUUCAACUGCCGUCUAAACCGUCCCGAUCACUGUUGCGAGAUAUCCAGGCAAAGAUGGACUGGUUUUUGCGCACCAUGCUAGACCACCCAACUCUUGCCAAACACGAAAUGCUUUGGGAGUUUUUUUUGGUGCCCGAGCUGCAGUUGGGCACGAUGGAAGAAAGAACCAGACUCAAAAUCCAGGCUCGAAUCGAGCGCAUCAAGGAAGAAUACGAGCCUGUCCAAGACCUCAAAGAAGUCGAGCAGUUUGUCAAUCACGCACGCGAGAUGUGGGGCUUCCGCCGCCCAAACUACUUUUCAACGACUGUUACCACCCCCACAAACAACUUUCAUCUAACCCUCGUAUACCUCGUAAAGCCGCUGGACAAUGGUGUGAAGGCGCAAGUGCGGCAAAGGGCUCGGAGCAGCCAUGGGCAGGGACUGCCAGCCCGAAGCCUCCUGAUCAACAGGCGAACUCUUCCCCGUCAUCAACUCGGUACCAGCAACGGGCGUCUUCACAUUGCUUCCUACGUACACCCUACCGGAUCCGGUUUUGACGACACCAUGACGAACGCGAAGCGUGCAGACAUACACGCCGCGGCACCUUCUCCGGACCCAGCCCAGUCGACGCCAACGCCGUUGACAGGCAGCACCUGCCCCGGCGUUCUCCGCAUGGAGCUCGUCGCGCGGCACCUGACGCUGACGACGCGCGCGGUGCUGCUGGGCGGGAUCUUCGUCGUCGCGUACGUCUACUCGCUCGAUGUCACGCUGCGGUACGCGUACCAGCCGACAGCGACGGACAGCUUCCGGACGCACUCGCUAUUGGCGGCCGUCGCGGUGCUGCGGAGCGUCGUGGCGGCCGCCGCGCAGCCAGCCGCCGCUAAGGCCGCCGACGUGUUUGGCCGCGCGGAGCUGCUGCUGGCGUCGGUGGUGCUGUACGUCGUCGGCACCGUCGUGGACGCCACCGCGCGCGGCGUCGAGGCGUUCGCGGCCGGCGCCGUGCUGUACCAGCUGGGCUUCACGGGCGCCUCGUUCCUGGUCGAGGUGGUGCUGUCCGACGUCACGUCGCUGCGCGCGCGGCUGCUGGCCUCGUACAUCCCCGUGUCGCCGUUCCUGAUCAACGCCUGGGUCGCGGGCGACGUCGCGGCGGCUGCGCUGGCGAGCGUCGGCUGGCGCGUCGGCAUCGGCAUGUGGGCCGUCAUAUUCCCCGUCUCGACGCUGCCGCUGCUCGGGGCGCUGUGGUGGGCGGGCAGGCGAGCCGGCGCCGAGAUGCGCAGCGACCGGGCACCGUUUCGGCAGCUCGGGGCUGCCGGGCUGGGCAGGGCGCUGUUCUGGCAGCUCGACGUCGUGGGCGUCGUGCUGCUCGUGGCGGCGCUGUCGCUCGUGCUCGUCCCGCUGACGCUUGCCGGCGGCACGGAGGCCAGCUGGCACCGCCCGCACAUCAUCGCGCCUCUUGUGGUCGGGGUAUUGUGCGUCCCCGCGCUGAUCGCGUGGGAGAGCAAGGCGCGACGCCCCAUGAUGCCGCCGCACCUGCUCAAGGACCGCACGGUCUGGGGCGCGCUGGGCGUCAUUGCGAGCAUGAACUGCGCCGCCGCCGUGCAGGGCGACUACCUGUACACCGUGCUCGUCAUCUCUUUCAACCAGUCUGUCCUCAGCGCCACGCGGAUUACGAGUCUCUAUUCGUUUGUAGCGUGCAUCACCGGUCUCCUGUUCGGCGCGGCUGCGUACAAGAUUCGCCGACUGAAGUGGAUCAUAGUCACCGGUACAUGUCUACAUCUCGUUGCGUUUGGCCUGCUGAUUCAGUUCCGCGGUGGCUCCGGCGCAAACUACUCCGGCAUGGUCGGCGCGCAGGUGCUUCUCGGAGCGUCGUGCGGGCUGUUUACUUACGCUGCUCUCACCAGCAUCCAGGCCGCUACGCGGCAUGAGCACCUUGCGGUCAUCACUGGGGUGUACUUUGCCUGCUUCAACGUCGGCGGUGCUAUUGGCAAUGCCAUUUCCGGUGCUAUAUGGACGCAGCUUUUGCCAGGUGAGCUGAGCCGGCAACUGGCGACCUUUGGAAAUGAGACGCUUUCUGGCAUGGUGUAUGACGCCCCGUUUACGACGAUUGAAGAAUACCCGUGGGGAACUGCGGUACGUGAGGCCGUCGUCGCAGCUUAUAGGCAGACGCAAAAAAUACUGUCUAUAACGGGUAUCGGUAUCGCUGUAUUGGUGGUGUUGUGUGCCUUGGUACUCCGUGACCCGCGCCUGGGCGACGAGCAAUCCCUGCCGAAUGCAGAGAUUUAUGAUCGGAGUAGAGAAAGAAACAUUCGGCCGCCGUGGUCCAAUGAGUCUUGGAAACGGCGGCCGGACGAAACAUUCCAACGGGCAUGGGCAGAAACUAAACCGAUCCGGGACGUCUCGAGCAAGCGACCCGAGUUCGGAGUAGGUGUCGUUUAUUCGAAGAUCAUCGUCAGCGUUGCAUGGAUAAUAUGCACUGCGUGGAGUGUGCAGUGUGCAGUACAUGUGGCGUCGGCGCGUGGCGAGUGCACCGUCGCGCUGGAACGCGAUACUCCUUUUUUUCCGCAGCGUGAAGGCGUGGCGUGGCUGGAGACGUGCCCAAGCCUUGAGAGGUGGAGGUGGGCGCGUGGUGACGAGCGAAUCAGUGUGCAGGAAACCUACGCGCCCGCGAUUGUCCACAAUGCGGAAGCUGAGGCGGAGUAA